AUGUUGCAGCAUUUACGACAUAAUGGUAAUAGUAAUAAUAAUAGUAAUGUUGAUAUAAGAGAAUCACCCCGUUGCGAGUUAUGUCCAUUUGGAGAUGGUGCGUUGAAACGAACUGAUAGCGAUGGUUGGGCACACGUCAUCUGCGCGUUGUAUAUACCCGAAGUGCGUUUCGGUGAUGUGCACAGUAUGGAUCCGGUUAUCAUUAGUGAUGUUCCUCUUGAACGGUACUUCUUUUUGAAUUUG